AUGGAUGCACUGAAGGCCAUCAUUGCCAAACAGAAAGCUCAAGUAACCUCCCUUUCGAAGGCAGGAGGAGGUCCAGGUGGCCGCUAUUUCAGGCAGGGAGACAUCGAGGCUCAACGUCGCCAGCAGAAGGAAAAGGAAGCGCUAGAGGCUGCCGCGAAGAAACGGCAGCAGGAGCUUCAGAGCCUCGCUGAACUUCAGGAACGUCUGAGCGCUAAGAAAUUCAGGCCCGCACCCUCCAAACAGGAGGACAAACUUUUGUAUUCAGGCUCAGCAGCGUCUGCAGAAGAUGAGCAGGAGCCUCCCAUUGCGUCGCCCGAAAUUUUCAAGCGCCUAAGAAAAUUAAAGCAGCCAGUCACUCUCUUUGGGGAGACGCCAUGGCAGCGGUACUGUCGUCUGUGUGCAUUGGAAUUACAAGUGCUGGAUGAUGAAAUGACUGAAGGGCAGCAAAAUGUCUUUCACGCGAUGCAGAGGGAAGGCGAAGACGAUGAAGAAUUUGAAGAGGAGCAGAAAUUAACAUGUUCGUUCACACAGCAUAUUAUUGAGUGGACGCGGCGUAUGCUGUCUCUUUGGGAAGAAGAACUGAAGCAGCGAUCUGAGGAGGAGAAGGCGACAGCGGACGGGCGCCACCAGCUAGCAUUGCACCGCCAAACUAAGAAGGACCUAAAGCCCCUUUUAAGGAAACUGAAACAUAAAGAAUUGGAGUCGGACAUCUGUGAGAGGCUUCAUGAGAUCGUUCAGCUGUGCAAGGAGAGGCGAUACAGGGAUGCACAUGGCUCCUUCAUGCUUCUGGCAAUCGGCAAUGCCGCGUGGCCCAUGGGCGUCACUAUGGUCGGUAUCCACGAGCGGGCUGGCCGAUCUAAGCUCAACACCUCGCAGGUUGCUCACAUUUUGAAUGACGAAACAACGAGGAAGUACAUCCAAAUGUUCAAGAGGCUCAUGUCGUUUUGCCAAAGAAAAUUCGAGGCCAACCCAUCACAAACCAUCCUGCUGUCUGUACACCACGUCUAA